AUGUUAACUGUAAGCGUGGCUAAACCUAUCACCCCAAGAUCUAAAUACAUAUUGUGUAAUUACAGCAGCAAACCUACUUUAGGCAUGGCCUUAAAGCCAGCACCUGAGCAAAUGGUUGGAAAGAAGAAGAGAAAGAAGCUUGAUGAAAUCACGUCAAAUAGCUCGGUGGAGCCUCCCCGUACUAAGACUGCUACCAUUGUACCUGAAGUAACUGUAACUCCCGCUGCCCCUCCCCCUACCUCUACGGCCCCACCACAGAAACCAUUCUCUGUGACAGUCACAAAUGUCCCAUCACCUGACACCUCAUCGAAGGAAUUAUCAUCCUUUCUUCAGCAAUCUUUGGAGCAAAGUAAAACUCCUAAAGCCACACAGUCAAUACAAACAAAACCAUUUUCUCACGAGGCUAAAGUAAACAAGUGGCUUGCAAAACAAGCCAACGUUGACAAUAGACGAAGAGGUGUUGCUCCGUGUUUGUCGGCCGAAGAGCACGUCCCGGUAGUGUGA